GUGACUCGAGUCUCGAUUUCUUAUUUUCCCAACUGUAAAUAAUAUUAGUCGUCAUUUACUCGUGUACUUCUAUACUCUACUAAAUCUGUGUGUAUUAAUCUAUGCCUCAACUUUUUGUGGUUACGGUUAAUUAAUUUUAUACAACGAAUUCUUAUUCCAGUUAAUAAAAUUAUUUCUAAACAUGGGUGAUAACACUGAUUUUGAACCACUAGAGCCUUCUUUAAAGAAUGUCAUCGAACAAAAAUCAUUGCGUUGGAUUUUUGUUGGUGGUAAAGGAGGUGUUGGUAAAACGACGUGCAGUUGUAGUUUAGCAGUACAGCUGUCCAAAGUGCGAGAAUCAGUUCUCAUAAUCUCUACAGAUCCAGCACACAACAUUUCUGAUGCCUUUGAUCAAAAGUUUUCAAAGGUACCAACUAAAGUAAAGGGAUUUGAAAAUCUUUUUGCUAUGGAAAUUGAUCCAAAUGUUGGAUUAACCGAAUUACCUGAAGAAUAUUUCGAAGGAGAAGCAGAGGCAAUGAGACUGGGUAAAGGUGUGAUGCAGGAAAUUGUUGGAGCAUUCCCUGGAAUAGAUGAAGCUAUGAGUUAUGCUGAGGUUAUGAAAUUAGUAAAAGGCAUGAACUUCAGCACUGUGGUGUUUGACACUGCACCAACAGGACACACUUUACGUUUACUGUCUUUCCCUCAAGUUGUAGAAAAAGGGCUUGGUAAACUUAUGCUCUUGAAAUCCAAGGUUGCACCAUUCAUCAACCAAGUUGCAUCUCUAUUUGGCAUGGCAGACUUUAAUUCAGAUAUGUUUAGCAAUAAAAUGGAUGAAAUGCUAUCUAUCAUACGACAAGUGAACACACAGUUCAAAGAUCCCAAUCAGACAACUUUUGUGUGUGUUUGUAUAGCCGAAUUUCUGUCUUUGUACGAAACAGAGAGACUUGUACAGGAACUUACUAGGUGUGGCAUUGAUACACACAAUAUUAUUGUUAAUCAACUUUUAUUGAGGGCUUCUGCGCCUUGUGAACUAUGUGCAGCAAGGCAUAAAGUUCAAGAGAAAUAUCUUGAACAAAUAGCAGAUUUGUAUGAAGACUUUCAUGUCACAAAAUUACCACUUUUAGAUAAAGAGGUCAGGGGUGCAGAUGCUGUUAAUUCUUUUUCUGAAUAUUUGAUUAAACCUUAUAAACCAUCAUCUCCAUAAUAAAAUCCUGUGAUUCCUUUGUAGAAAAAAAUAUGUUUUAAAUAUUCUAUAUUGAACUAUAUAAAAAAAACAAUGAAUAUAUUGUAAUAAUUUUAACCAAAAGACUGCAGGCUGUUAAGCUGCAUUUUAAAAUUACAUCAUGGAAGAUAAUUUAAAACAUCAAUAGUUUUCAAAAGAAAUAAAGCUUUAUUUUUUUUCUACAAAACAUUUUGUAGAUUAAAUCUAAUGACAAGAAGUUAAAUUCCCGUGCUUGACACAGCUAUAUUAAAUACACAUGGUCAUAAUGUUUUAUUACUUUUUAGUUUUAAAUAUUGAUUGAACAUAGAUGAAUGCUAGAAUUAGGGGACUCAUAUGUCAAUACUAGGAAAUAGGACUAUAUACAAUAUACAGAAAUUGACGUCAUAAUACUACCCCAUCUUUAUUGCUGGUGUUUUUUUGCUGUAUUUAUUAUGAAAAUGUAAUUUAUAUUUGUAUAAUUAAAAUAUUGUUGAAUA